AUGUCCUCAAACAUUUCCAGGAUCCAAAAAGGUUGGGCCUCGACUAUGGCUAAUCGAGUGGAAAUUGAGGUAAAAAUACUAAAGUUCAGCUCUUUCCAACAAAAUAAAUUUAGGAUCCCGUACAAGAUCGUGAGGCGUUUGCAGAAGACAGCCGGUAAUUACCCUUUUUCAAAUUAUCUAGAAAAAAAUUUUUAAUUUUCAUCUUGAAUUUAGUUGUGUUUGAAGCCUUCCUCUGAAUUUCAUAUUUGCAUUGAAAAACCUUAUUUCGUCGUUUUUUUUUUUUGAAUCUUUCUCAAAACGAUUAUUUUUUCAGAAGUUUCAAGUCUUCUAUUUAUUUUGAUUCAAAAAUAAAAGAGAAAGUUCAAGUUGUUGAGGAAAAUCCGUUGUUUAUUAGUUUUAAACAUGGAAAGUUCAGAAUUCCCGAUGAUCCGACCAACUCGGCGGCCUCUCCUCCACCUCCGACACCUUUCAUGGACAACCACAGAUACGCACGCUACGAACAAGUUGGAGAGAACGUGCCGGUCGGAGAGCCCAUGCAGCGCAACCGACAGCCCGAUCAAUACCGGAGAGAGGAAGUAUCGCUUGAUCCCGACAGAUACGAAGUAGAUUCUUUUUUUCUUUCUGAUACCAAAAGUUUCUACUAUACCGUCAAUUCCACACAAUGUUUAAAUUGUAUAUUUUCUUUGGUGAGAGUUUUCACACGUCAAAUUAUGUUUUGGUCCGGAAAAAAAACCAAAUUUAAUUGGAUGUAUUUGCUUCCAAUUUUCUUUUCCUUUGUUUGCGUGCUCCACUAUAAUUAAAAUAAGUUUUUUUGCAAACAGUUUAUGUGCUAAAAUUGUUUAAGUUAUUCCAAAAGAAUUAUCAUCUGCUUCUGAAAGAUCACAAAAAUAUUCAUCACGAAAACAUCACAAAAAAAUAUUAUAUUAGAAGAUGAUGUUUGGUUUUUAGUUUGAAGGUUCGGGAGACUCUUGUGAAAGAACGCUUUAAAAAAAUCACAAUUUUUGUUGCUUUUUCAUUUUUCAUAUUUGGCAUGGAGCGAUGAAAACUGGAAAGUAAAAAUAGUCAAGUUUUAGUGGUCUGAUGGAUUUUGGUUCGAUUCCAAAUAUUCCCCUAUGAUACUCUCAUGUCGGAAAAAGGAUUAUACCAUACUAGAAAUGGUUUUCAGGACGAAGAUGGCGUUAUAGUAAUGGGACCACCUCGGAGUCCUUCGCCUGAGUACGAGAUUCAAAGUCCUGACCCAGAAGUCGAAGAAGCGGCCGAGAACGAUUCAAGAAUCGAGGACCCAACAGGAGAUUUGGACAAUUCUGCAGAUGUUUGCAGUGUGAGUCAAACUCGAAUGUUGUCAAAGAUACUUGUGAUACAACUGGAUGAAAAAAAUGGCAAAACUGUCGAUUUUUUUUUCGAUGGUCAUUAUAGUUGAAUUAUGACAGAUUGCUGCAAUUCUGGAAAAACCAUGGUUAAAGUUUUUUCAUUUUUAAAAUAUCAUUUUCUUUACUAUUCCAUUUUUUUUAAAUUGACUAGAACACUUUUCGAUACUUUUUUUCUUGCUUAGGAGUUGGAGAGUUAAAAACUCUAAUUUAUUUUUUGCGAGAUUCUUUUAUUUCUUAGAGUUAGAAAUAUCGGUUUUUUGAAUUAGAACCUCUUUUAAAGAACUUUUCGCAAAGAACUCAUUUUUUAACACCUUUUGACCAAUGCUGUAUACCAAACUGUGUAUGACGGAAAAAUUUAUCAAUCGAAAAACUUCACGCUACAGAGAGUAUUCUUCCAAAAAAAAAAUUGCAAAUACCAACAGACUAGUACUCUUCUCAGAAGAAUCUCUCAUAAAAAGAUGUCAGAAAAAAAUAUUUUUUUAAACACAACUAAAAAUUUUUUUAGUAAAUCAUUUUUUUGCCUUUGGAAAAAAACUAAUAACACGAUUUUUUUGGAUAUAACAACUUCAAAAUGAGAAAUUUUUAUUUUGGAAUAGAAACAGUUAAUUAGUUUCAAACAUUUUUGAAAAUGAAUGUGUUGCCUUUCAACAAAAUUCCGGUUCAGUGACCGAAAGUUUAAAGCAUGAAUGAAGGUAAAACUCUAAAAAUGAUGAAUUUGCUGAGAUUUACAAGGAAUCUUUAUAUAAUGUCUGAUGUUAGCGAUUCAAGAAAUUUAUAUUUUGCAGCUCGAACUCAGCCCUACUGGUGCUGAUAUCGGUAGAGGUAACAGCGAUCGGGGGAAUAGCGCUAGCGGGAACUAUUUUGCCUCGGCUGAUGAAGACACGAUGAGAGAACCUCUAACUCCAGUUUCAAUGGAAGAUGACGAGGAAGGACAAAUUCAAGAAAUUGAAGAGAGGGUGAACACAUUUUCCUCAGAAAUGAAAAGUCAAAAAAAGGAAACGAGACCUGUAACCGAAAAUAAUUCAAUAAGAAAAAUAAACACUCAACCUUAUUUUUUAGAUUAAGAUUAAUUUCUUUUAUUCAACCAAAAAACGAAAAAACUUUACAGCGGACUCAUAGAAAGAGGUCUGAUGACGAUGAUGUAUACAUCGCAAAGAAGAAGAAAGACAAAAGCGAGAAGAAGAGGAAGAGAAGACAUCAUCGAAGGUAUCAUGAUUUUUGGGAAUUUCCUUACUGCGAGUACAACUUGCUUGUGCCACUUUUUGAUUCCGCCAAUAAUGAGAGACAUACUUAUCUAUGAAAGUGAAAAAGGUUUGAUUCAAGAAAAAUGUAAUACAUCAGUCUGAGAAACUCUCCUUGUCACAUCGAUGAAACUGAAAAACAUUUUUCUAACUAGGGAACGUUUUUUACCCCCGGUUGAACUUUUGCUGAAACUUUGCUUAAGUGUACUUUAGGACCCCCUGAUUCCAGAACAAGAAAAAAAUUUCUCGCAAUAGAUCUUGUUUCCGAGUUACAGAGCUUCAAAGUGUGCAAAAUACGAAAGUUAGGCCAAAAAAGCGUUAUUACGGGCAUUUGAAGUGUCCUAACUCGAAAACGAAAUAUAUUGCGAGAAAUUUUCCUUUUGUUCUGGAAUCUGAGGGUCCUAAAGUACGCUUCAGCAAAGUUUUAGCAAAAGUUCAACCGGGGGGUAAAAAACGUUCCCUAGUAAGCUGUUUGUAAAAAAACUGACUAUAUAUUGAUAAUUGAGCAUUUUUUUAUGCAAAUUUUUUUUCAUUUUACUGCUCAUCUGUGAAGAUGUCAAAUGUCAUUGGUUCUUUAAGUAUUUAGUAUGUUUUUUUCCUAUGUCGGACUUCGAAUAGUAUAUUAGCAUUUUGAAGUUUUUCAUAUUUUUUUGAGAAAUGGCUUGCGGGAAGAAGUUUUAAUCCCGGAUGCAGAAACUUCAUAGUUUUUCCCCGAGCACUCAGCGCUCAGUUUAAUAAAAAUUAUGAGCUUUUUGAAAUUUAAACUCUUCAAAAAGUCAUCAUCCUCGCAAAAUGACCCGGUUUCUUCUUAUUUAUUUCAUUUAUUUAUUUCACUCAAACAUGAAAAUACAGAGUAUUAGAAAAGGAAGAAUUUGAGUGAAAGGGAACCCGAUAUGAAAACGCCCUAACGAGCGAUUUACCGGGAUGGAAGACACGUAUUGAAUAUUGGGAACAAAAAGUUCAGAUUUUUUAGAGAAGCCUGUUGGGCACACUUGCAAAUAGUUCAUUGUUGUCGAGAGAGUCGACAAAAUUCCUGAAGCGGGUGACAGAAGUGUUCAUGUCGAAUGUUGAGCACAGUCUGUUCCAAAUAGGAAUUAUUGUGCUGAAAAAACUGUUAAAACGAGGACCUGUCUGUAUGAGUCUCAUUGGAAAACGAGGUGAAUUCGUUCUUCUGAAAAAAUUAUCUGUGUUUGGAAAACGGUAGGAGCCCAGGACUAAUUUGUGGAUUAGUAGAGAAAUUAUUAUUCUUCUUCGGAAAGCUUGGACAGAGCCGAGUACACUGAGACGGUUUCAUUUCAUAAGAGAAAAAAUUUUGAGAACUUCUAAAAACUUUUUGCAAAUUUGUAAGUCUUCUCAUUGGCAAAUAGAGAACCGUUAAAACAAAAACUAUCAUCUUUUUGAAACACGUCAGAUGUUUUUGCCAUUUUUUUUGCAAUUCAAUAGACUUUGUAGAACUAUCCUGCGCGUUGAACUGAUGAAGUAAUAGUCUUAGGUUUCUUUCUUCUUUUGGCUGUCGCUAAUUUCGGUUCUCUUGAGCAUCAAGAACGUUCUUCUUUUCAUUUCGAAACAUCUCGAAAACUCGAAAAGAAGCGCGACAUUAUGAGGUCGGCAAGCUGUCGCUUUCUACAACCUGAACAUUACAGCUGACAGAAAGCUACCGAAAAGCGCGUAGUCGUAGGCAACGAAAAGAGCCGUCUCAUAUUUCGGUGCAAGUCAUAUGCACCUUAUGAUCGGUCUCGGCAGACGACCCACCAACUGCCUCGAAUCCUGCGAACUUUUCUUUCUUUGUUUUGAGGUCAAUCAGAACCUGGUCAAUUUUUGAACUAAAAAGAAACUAAUCAGUCAAGGUUUUACUUCAAUUUACUUAACGUGUCCGUUUAAAUGUAAUUUUUUUAAUGUAGUUCAAAAAAAUUCCGCUGUAGUUUAUAUUGUAAAAAAACCAAAUUACUCAACUGCAAAAAAUUGACUUUCUUGAACUACGAAUUUCUUAACUUUGCUCAAUAAAAAAAUCGGGCUCAAAUUUGAAGUUUUCCAAUGUUUUCCGAAGGGACGACUAGAAAUCUCAUAAUUUUAGAAAUUUUUCGUCUUUUGGAUAAAAAAAUUUUUUUACUAUUCUUUAAUAUUUUUUUAAUAUGGACCCAAAUUUAUUUCUAAUUUUUUUUGAAAUUCUAAAGUUGCAGAAGUGAAUAAACAAUCAUUUUGAGUGAGCACUUAGGUCUUGAAAAAAAUCGUAUGACAAGCUAUAUUGACGUAUUUUCGAAUAUCUUGUGAGAUAUUAAGCAUCGAACGCCUCGCCCAACGCGCGAAAAAUAUUAAAUAAACUCUGAAUUAUUUUUUUGAAUAGAUAGGUACUUGUUUAUUGCGCGCAAUUGUAAGUUUUUCUUGGAAAUUCAAAAAAAAAAAUCAAAGUGAUGCGCCUGUCAAAUCCAGUCAUUUAUUUUCUUGGGAAGUUACUGGAACAACGCCCAACUCCUGCUGCCUACGUGACCUGGUGCGACUCUAACCGUCUAGUUGGUUUCCCUCUGCCCGCUGUCUUCGGUUAUGUCGGUGAUCAGAGAAAAAAGUGAUUUCUCGUCUUUCGUAUUUCGAUUUUUUCGCUCGCUCCUGCUCUCUAAUUGUCUUGGUUCUUCUCAUUUCGCAUUCUUUUGAGCUUGGCGUCAGAAGAGUUUUUGACUCCAGGUUUAAGUUUUCUGCCGCAAUGGCGAUACUCUUACUUUUUCCUGCUCUUCACUAAUUUUGGAAGGAAAAAGAGAACUCAUCCGAAGUGGAUCUUUGUGGGUUUUUACACAUCCUUCAUAUAAGGAAGUUCAUCUUCUUUUAUUUUGAAAUGAAGUUGCGAAAUUUCGUCAUGAACCAGGUUUAAAAACUUGUUCAUUAAUGUUGUUUCCAUUUUUAAUUUCCAGCUCUUGCAGAGAAUUAUUUUGUCCAUUUAUUUCAGUGAACAGAUAACAAUUUUUCUUCUCAAAAUCAUUCUUUCAAAUUCAAAAAUCUGAUCAAAUCUAAACUUAUGAUGUUUUUAAAUAUUCCCCUCGUCAAAAGUUUCUAUUUUUUACGAGUAUCAGAGCCCUCAAAAAACUGUCAUUCAGUCUUUUUAUUUCAAUAUUCCUCCAGAAUUUAUAACUUUAAAACAUCUUUCCCUUUGUCUCACGUCAUUUCGAAUGGACGUCCAACUUCCACGCGAAACCUUCACAAAAAGGGUGCCAACGGAGCGAUUUGUUUUACAUUUCUGAACAAAGAGGCCGAUGCGUUCAACGUUUUUUUGGAUCGCCGCAACACCCCAAUCCAACGUCUCAUGCACUUGGUUUUGUUUUCGGUUUUCUUAGUUUGUCCUGUCGUGUCUGAAAGUGCAAUUUUUGUUUUCUUCUUACAGAGAGAUUUCUCCCUAGAAUUUUCCUUUCUUCCAUCGUACUGCAAAAAAAAACUGCCAUCCAAUUGUCAAAACAUCUAUUUUUCUGUAUCCCUUAAAAAACAACCACCCAAAGAUGAAAACACGACGGAAACCGGUUUCUGAACUCACCUGGAAUUACCUUUUUGGAACUUCGAAUGUUGGAAAAUUUUGAGCAAAUUUUUGUUUUGAGUCUUCCUUAACUAAUUUUUUUCUAAAAAGUUGCUUAUAAAAAAAUGAAGAAAUCAUAAAUUUGAUUGAAUUUCAUAGGAAUUUUUUUCGAGUCUCAAAAUUUUUUUCAUCAUAGCUCAAACUCGGUUCUAAAAGAGCUGAGUUUUUCUUCAAAUCUUAAAACAGCUAUAAAAAAAUUCCUUGGAACUCUUAAUUUUUUUCGAUAGUUUUUUUGUUAGUAAGAAAAACUGUUUUGUUCGAGUUUUGCAUCUUAAACUUAUCAACAUGUCUUUUUUUGAAUUGGCACAGUUGUUCGGUUUUCUUAAACCCGUGACUUUUUCUCUCCACAAAACGAAUCAUCAAUUUGGCCAAGUUACAUUCAACAAUGCUGCCUCUAGACCGCAAAAAACGAUAGAAGAAAAAAAUUAUUACAAUUUUUUUGGGGUGUCAAACAGGAGCGCUGCUGAUAGCUUGCCACAGUAGUGUUGACCCAGCGACGUUGCUUAUUGGCUCUUCGUUUUCUCAACUGCGCGGCGAGUCUCAAAAGUGAAGACAAAUACGAAGAGACGGUGGGCUCCGGACUGGUCAUGUGUUAUGCUAACAUGGGCAACAGCCACUCCUACUCGGCUACUUGAUUAUUGUGUGCUCAGAAACCUCGAAGUCAAGUGGCAUUAGUAUUGCCAAGUAAAGUUGUUUCUCCUUUUUCUCAAUUUAUCGACCCGCUCUUUUGAAAUCACCACUUUCCAGUCUGGUCACUGCAGUCGGCUACAUGGCUGAGCUAAGUUAACCGGGAUGGGAAAUUAUAACACUGGCCCGGAUUUUCAAAGAUCGUUCAAAGAAUCAUGAUUUUAAAAAAGCUGUAGAAGAUUUUCAAAAAAUUAAACAAAUUUCACUACUUUGAAACCAAAACUAUCUUUCUCUUAAAUUGAAAAAGUUUAAAAUUUAAAAAAAUUAAUACGAGUUCGAGGAGUUGAAAAAACUAAAUCAAAAAAUCGUGCUGAAUUUUCAAUGAUUGUAUUCUGCAAAAUUUCUGUUUUGGAGCUCUGUGCGACCGUUUUGGAUUGAAAAAUUCGAAGUGCUUCAGAUAUUUUAGAAAAGUAAAAGGUCUCCUUUUUUGAAUAUAUCGCUUAGAAUCCUCUGAAAUCAAAAAUCAUGACGCAAGCUGUUCAAUCAAUCACGAAUGUUUCAAGGAUCUGACAAAAAACCUACACGCAGUGACGAUUUCACUCUCUAAAUCCCAUGCAUAAAAUUCCACAAUCCGCAAACAAAACUUAUUUCUCUGAGUUAUAGAAAUAUACUAAAUUCAAUUCAACUAAAAAGUCCAAAUUUAAGCUGAAAAGUUUCUGCGGAGGUCUGAGAUACGUUAUUGAAGCUCGAAGACUUGCUCGAAGCAUGUGAGAAUCUUUGAUAUUGAAUCGUGGCUUGAGAAGCUUUCAGAAAAGUUAUGAGUGCAUAGUGUGAUUACCGGGUUUCAUGCACAAAUUACAAUAAGUUCAAUCGAAACUGAUUUUUUCAUAUCAAACCACAACAAGUCCCGAGAGGAAUUUAGAAACUUCAUGUGUUUAAUUCUUGCAGGUUUCCCGUGAUUGCUUGAGAAAUAACUUUUGCUCAUCAUUAUUUCUCUUUUUGCAGGCACGAGAGAGAACGGGAACGGGAACGCGAGAGAGAGAAAGAUCGCGAAAGAGAGAGGGAUCACGAACGCGAGCGGAGAUCCCACCUUGAGAGUCCCAACUCGAAUGGCAGGUCAGUUGGUUCUCCUAGUUUAUUCUUUUCGAUUUUGUUCUCCUCACGUCUUUUGUACCAGAAUCUUUAAAAUAGAGCUACGACUUUGCUUUAUAUGGUUAUAUUACACGUUUCCUUGUUCUUGGUUUUUUUAUUUUGAAAUGAGAGUUUUUUUGAGCUUGUCUUAAAUAAUUGUUUGGUGGACCACUUUUAAAAAAAUUUUUUUAAAUAGUAUCUCAUGCCAGCGUUGAAUGAACUUAUAAUUUUAACUCUGCUUUUUAAAAAAGGAAAAAAAUUCUGGAAUAAAAAAACUUGAGCUGUUAUUGUGUUUGAUCAAAGAGCGGUCAACCUGACGUGAUAUGACCUCUUAGGGUGAAAAAAAUAGCGCGUAAACUUUUUUUCACGGUCGGUUUGCAAAACAGCCUUGCAAGUGGCAAAACAUCUUCUCUUUUCGUAUUUUUAAACCAAUUUAAUCCGAUUUCUGUGCACGACACAACUUCUUGCAAAUAUUUUUCUUAAAGUUAUAAGCAGAAAUCAAGAAAAACGUUUCAAACCUCUUUCAAAGAUAAUUACUUUUGUGCGUAGUAUUUUUUGAAGUUCAAAAAUAUUUUUUUUUUAUACAUUUUUUUCGGUUCUUUCGGCUUGAAUUUCUAAUCGAUUUGCUCGUUAUCUAUUGUUUGCAUUGUGAUAAUCGCGGGAAGGUGAGUUUUGCCUGCGCCCGAUUCCCAGAAACAAUUUGUUGAAGUGAAUCGCUUUCAAAGUUUUAUGUAAGCCGAUCCCAAAAAAAAAUACAUUUUUUUUCAUGUCCAUUCUAUGACAUAUGUGAUUUACAGAGAAGACAUCAUUCAGUGUAGGUGACCCGUUCAAUACAAUAUUUUGUAUUUUUUACGGUAGCUUAUAGCACUAAGAAUAUCUGCCGAGAUGAAGGCGAGACGCUGGCGGUACAUUGACGAACUCGCAGACAUCUCGCUUUUUUUCUCGCGCCAGUCUCCCAUUUUUCUAGGCGCAAGCUCGCAUUCAUCUUGCAAUUUGAAAAAGUUCCGAAAUGCAAGGUUGCGCCGAGAAAAUAGCGAGAUCGCGUCUAGAGAAAAGCGACAUAUAUGCGAUUUUGUUAAUGUACCGCCACCGACCAUGCGUUUAUCUCGGCAGUUAUUCUUAGUGAGGAAGCGGUCAUGUUCUUCUGACUUCGAGCUCAGUUACCUUUUUUCACAACGCGUCGAAAAAAAAAAAAUUAGAUAAAAUAGAAAAUCGAGGACACACGUAAGUUUUUUAAAAAUCAUAAGAGCAUCAAUGCAGAAAAUUUGUGAGAUACUGUCACUGGGUAGCUACAAUAAGUCAUCGAGCUUUUCUCCACAAAACGAAACAGAAAUUAUUUGCUUGGUGAAAAUCUCUCUUCCUGUUGAUCGAAUCAAACAAAUUAACAAACUUGUCUAGCUGAAUCAAAAUUUCAUUGCAAAACUUUUAAAAGAAAAUAUAAGGCUCAAAAAAAUAACGAGUAUCCUUUUUAGAAAUUUUUUUUUGAAGUUUGUGGUCACGAACGAUUGCUUUUUCUUUUUUAAUUUUUCUCGUUUUUUUCGGAAUUUGAUAGCUAAAACUGUCUUCAAUUCUUUGUGAUCAUAAAAUACAAGAAAGCAAUGUUUGGAUUUUCCUGACCCAUAGAUGUCGCAAGGACGGUUUUUCAGAAGAUCAAGCUCUCCUCGAGAGGACUACGGUCCUUCGCGCAAACGACGCUACGAAGAAGAGCGUGAAGAGCGUCCGCGCCGCUUCGAAGACGACCGCAAGGAGAAUGAUCCUCACUUUGAAAGACGUCCACAUCGUCCGCCGCCGAUUGUUUCUGGCCCCAAUCCGGAAGUCGUACGAGUCAAGUAUGAGCAACUUCUCCAGCUGACGGAGAACCACGUAAGUCUACUGACCUGUCAGAAACAGCCCUGCAUGAAGAGAUGGAAAGAAUCGUUCGAUUACUAGAUCUCAUUUGACAAAAGAGGGAUGAACAUUACAUCUCUUUGCAACAAAUUGUGCCGCAGUUGAGAUAUAUUACUCAAAACUUUUGAUUGGUUGCUACAAAGCAAAAAUUAAUAAGUUUUAAAAGAAGUUCAAUGUGCCCUCUGGAUCAUCAUCAUGCCGUGCUUGUAAAGGUUCGCUAAACUCAGUGAAAAAGAAUUGUUAUAAUGGGUUACUGUAGCGAAAAAUGGGUGGGUUAUUUUUUUGGUUUUCCAUCAAUAACUUUGUCAAAAACAUCCAUUUUGACCUGAAAUUUUAACCAAUUGAGUAAAAGGAUGUUAUUGACAAUUUCAAAUAAUGUUAUGGACCGAUUCCAAAAACUGCAGAAAUUUCUGGUUAUGAAUAUUUAUUAAAAUUGCAAAAAACACGAUUAACUAAUAAAAAUUCAACAAAGCCAGUAAUCCGGUAUGAUGGACUUCCAAUUAAAACAAAUAAGUGAAACAGAUCAAAUGCUUGGUAGCACAGCCUUCGGAUUUGAGAGCAGCUUUGCAUCUUCGGGGCAUCGACUCAAUAAGUCUGUGCAACACGCUCAUUGGGAUCUUCUUCCAAACUUCUCAGAUAUGCUUCUUUGAAGUUUCAUGUCAAAACAAUCGUUUUUACCAAAGUUUUGAACAAAAAUCAAAAAAAAAAUGCUCAAAAAUUUCCGCAAGUGUAUAUUUCUUUUUUCAGUAUCUUCAUUAACAUGUGUGCGAAAAAAAAACUUCGUGUCAAAUCUGUUUUUUCUUAUACUGUAGUUUGAAUCAGUCGCAGGAAUUCAAUGAGCCGUGUUGCAUAGAAUUUGAGAAGAAGACCUUUUACGACGGCUCGCCGCAGUUGCGAUUGUAAAAAAUGAUGUCCAUGUUUACGGUUACAUAACGAGUUCAUUUCGUGGCAUUUUUUACGACUCUGGGAACGUUUUUGAAAUGUGUCCGUUUUGAAAAGCGAGCCUGGAAUCAUUUCUCUCAACUUUUGUUUCCGGCUUUUUUCAAACAUUUUCCUCACUACUGCAGGAAUAAAAUCGAAGAGUAGAGCGCAAACGCCUUUUUAGUCAAGAAAAAUGGCGCAGUCAAUUGGAUGGAGAAAAUUUAGGAUUAGCCUGCGCUCUGAAAAAUGUGUUCCGUUUCAUUUCCGUUUUCUUUGACUUUCGCGAAACCAAUUAGCUUAAAGAGCCGAUAAUUAAGGUUUAGACCUGAAAAUGGGGGAAAGGCUUCAGAGAAAAUUUAAGUGAGUAAAUUUGGAGCCGGAGCAAUGCGCCGGAAGAAUUGAAAAAAAGAAAGAAAGACAUUUGCUUUGAAGGAACAAAAAGCUCAAAAAUUUUUGACUUGUUUUGCUCUGCUUUGAUUCACGCAGCUCGAACAAUUUUCUUUUCACAUCUCUUUUUCUCUUCUUCUUUCACUAGGCUCGCCUUUAUUUUCCGAAAGUUGAGCAAGCAGGUUCGAAUCUUUUUUUCUUCGAACAUGAAAGAUUUUCAUCUAUUGUUCCCGUGUUCUUUUUUUCAAAUUGAAAACUUACACAGAUUCCAAAAACGUUCUUUACGACCUUCCAUCACACUAAUCGGCAGAGAAAAGUCUUCUAAGGUGUAGAGCAUUUCUGGCUUUGCGAACGAUAAAAAAAGAAAAAUAAAUUUUUCUAUGCACAAUAGUUUUUUUCCUAAUAAGAAUCCUCGCCAAAAACUUACAAAAAUUUUUGAAUUAAGUUUUUUUUAUUGAGUAAUUUUAAUUCGCAAGGAUACUUCUUCUAACUUCUGAGUCAAUAAAAUUCGCCGGUAAAUUUUCUAUAGUUUUUAGCCAACUGUCACUAAACUUUAGGUGCAUUUCCCAUUUCUACAUCGGAAAGCUUUUCUUUGUGCGCGUAUUUUCAUGAUUCCAAAUCAGAUUUGCAUAAUUUUUCACUUUGUAUGCAAAGUUGGAAUAUUUCGGCCUGCGCACGGUGCACUUUAGUUGGCACGAAUUUGUGAAAAUUCGAUAAACCUAAUUUUGUCGUAUAUAACAGGAUGACAUUGGGAUGUUUGUUUAGUCUUUUGAAGAAGUUUGGUUUUGAACUGAUUUUUUUAUCAUUUAUGAGCACCUCAUUCAAAAAGUUUAUCUUGUUUGUGAAUAAGUCAUUGAAAAAGAUUCUGAGCGAUAACUUAUUUCGUCAAUCAAAAAAAAAAAACAGUUCUAAUCUUUGAAAGCCAAACUUUUUGGUUCAAGGCAUUCCCUCGAGAAGCUGCGAAAGCAGAAUGCCUGAGAAUUAUUUUUUUCUUUUUUUCUUGUUUUUCCGAAUCGAAUUCUCUUUUUGCGUGUAGAAAGCAAUUUUGGCAAAAUUGCCACCUAGCAAAAAUAUAGAGUUUUCCGUUAGCUUUUAUUCAAUCUUUUUUUUUCUUCUCUUGAUCUUUUUUUCCCAUUUUUUGAUUAUCCGUGAAAAGGAAACCUAUAAUUUCAUAUUGAAACGAAAAAAAUCCACGGGUUAAAACGAGAAGCUCUCUCGCGACUAGGGGAGUGUUGUCGUGAUGUGAGCGCGGGGAUGGACGCUCUCGCGAGUAUAUAUUUUCGCCUCAAGAGCACGAGUGCUCGAGGUACCUCAGUGACGCCAUAUGUCGACAAAUCAUUAUCACUUAUCUUUUUUUCUGUAAUUCCUUUUUUUUAUUGCAACCAAUAAGCAAAUUAAACCGGUAAUUCCGGAUUUUGUACAUUUUUUUUUCUUGAAGAAUCAUAAUCGAUAAGAUUGAAAACUUUGUAAUUUGUGGUUUCAAGGUCUCACAAUUUUAACACAGGUUUUUAGUGUUUUUGAAGUUUAAUUUUACUUUUCAAGGUAUGAACCAAACUAUCUCUGUUGCCAGUUAUCAAGUAACUUUUUCAAAAAUUUUCCUUCGUAUUACAUAAGCGUUCAUGGCGUACUUUUUCAAGAAAGCAAAUUGGAUCUUGUUUUUUUAAUCAAAAAUAAAAUAUGUAAGAGGCGGAGCUUGGUAGGAUAGGUUUUUUGGUAAGAAAGAAGAGCUACGCUUGUUCAAAACAAAAAGUUUCUUUUUUUCCGGAUGGCUACGUUUGCUCCAUCUUUUUUUCUGUUAAUAUUUAACAUCUGUCUAAUCUUUUCAAGCACAUUGCUUCGCAAUUUGCAAUUGAAUUUGUAGACUCUUGAUAAUUUUGAUACAUACAGUAGCGGAAAUGGGUGAGUAUUGUUUUUUUUUUGUUUUGCCUUCCCUAACUUAAAAAAAUGACUUGAACUUUCAACCAAUUGGCUAAAAGGAUGUUACUGACAACUAGAAAAAAUGGUUUGAAUGGAAUCCAAAAAAACUUUGUUUAUCAAAGUCUCAAAAAAAAAAAGAUCGUCAAAUAAAAAUCCAAAAAAGCCAUAAUCCGGUAUGAAGGACUUCCUAUUAAAAAAAAUAAGUGAAACAGAUCAAAUGCUUGGUAGCACAGCCUUCGGAUUUGAGAACAGCUUUGCACCUUCGGGGCAUCGACUCAAUGAGUCUGUGCAACACGCUCAUUGGGAUCUUUUUCCAAACUUCUCAGAUAUGCUUCUUUGAAGUUUCAUGUCAAAACAAUCGUUUUUACCGAAGAUUUGAACAAAUAUCAAAAAUGAUAAAUAAACGCCCGUUUGCGCUACUGUAUAUAUAUGUAUGUAUAAGAGAAUGAGUGUCAGACAUUUAUUCCAUCUUUUCAUUUACAAUGAUCUGCUUGACCUCCUUUUUCAAAGUUUUUCCACGGAAUCUAUACGAAAUAACUGAUGUUAAUUUUCCGAAUCACAUGGUAAUUGCAUCGAAUGGAGAAACUAUUGAUAAAAAGGUUGCGUUUUUCGCGUUGGCGAGACCUCGCCGACAUGUUAUCACCGAUCGGCUUCUAUCGUGUGUGCGUUGAAGGACAGAACUCAUUCUCCGCCUUCUCGCAACGGUUGGCGACGUCCGUGAUGCAACGCAUGCGCGCCAGUCAUAUCAGAUUGCUUCUGUUUCGAUUUCGCUCUUGCACAAUCUUUUUCUUCAUUUCUUGCACUUCCUGAAGCUGGCGAAAUCUCCAUUUUUCCGCUUGUUGGCCUUGAAUUCUUUCGAAUCAUGAUGUAACAACCACGCAUCUUACUCUGUAGGUUUACGCUAGUUGUUUUUAUUGCGGUUUAAAAAACCUGUCUUCUGUUUUUUUUUCCAUUUGUUCUUCCAUUUCGGGUUGCAUUUACUCUUACUGGAACAAAGUACAUCGAGGCUCAGUAUUGUUUUGGUGCACCCUAAGAGUGUUUCCUAUGCGUGUUCUUUAAUCUCAUGACGGUUUGAGGUUUUUAUUAGAGAACAAACAUUGAUAUCAAAGUGUUAGUGUACCAUCUUUUUUAAGCCUAUUCUAUCAAAGCUCCCAUGAAUUUAAGAAGAAGUUAUUCCUGAAAAUUUUCCCUGACUCUCUUUUAUAGUUUUUCUUCUUAUCUAGCCUUUUCUAAGGUGUUUGUACAAGGAUAUCAGUUUUCUGAAUAUGAACUUGUAGUACCGAUGCCAUUCGAAUUAUAUAGGAUAUGUUUUAUAUUCCUUGCAAAAAUUAUUUUGCCCAAAAAAAUUUUUUACGAAAAAUUUUUGUUCGUGCUAUUUCAUUUUUUUAACUACGCAAGAACACGACUUUUUUUCUAUUAACUAUAAAAAUUUUUUUGCAUCAGUUCAUGAAUACAAAGAUAGUCUUUUUCAUAAUGAUUCUCUUUUAUUCUAAUUUGAUGAUGAGCGGAAGCUUCACAACUUGAAAAUCGGAAAAAUUGUGAGUUUUCGGGAUAAAAUUUCAAACUUAACCAUAAAGUGGCGAUGAGAUUGACAAGGUUCAAAUUUUUGCAAAUCACUCAAUCAAGGACCGCGUAAGGGUGGAUUAUUCAUUUUUCAUCCAGCGAAUUUACUGAACUAGAUGAAGCGGUCUGCUGCCGGUAGCUUCUUGUUCUGCUCGGGCGAGAGAAGAAAGACGAGGUAAACAGCUUUGCGUAGUGCGCACACGCACUUCUUAGCUCAUUGGCGACACGCGUGGAGUGGAGAACAAAUAGAAGCUCGGAGCAACUAUAAGUUUCUGGAAUUGAAGAAACCUUCCCCACCGAACGUGCCAAACUCCUUGUCACGCGCCAUAUGAUCUGAUCCCAAAUCAUCUGUUGUUUUCCCUUGAAGGUCCGCUGCAUCUCCAAUCAGUUGCCUUGGAACACUACCAAACACGAGCCAAGAAUAGAGGCAUUAAGAACAUUUUUGACGCCUUGGUAGUAUUCCUUCCCAUCGCCAACGAUGAAUCAAACUUGGCGGUGGGAUCGAUUUUCAAGUUUUCCAAAGUCUCACUGCCAAAAAAAGAAAUGGGAUUAAAAAUGAGAACCGCAGUAUUCUACAAAAUUUUUCGAGCCAGGUUAUUUUCGGAAAGUCAAUCCGAAUGUGGCCGUGUAAGUUCUGAAAGCAGAAACUACACUAAGUUAAUUUUACUCAAUAUCAAGAACACUCAAUUCAAAGGCUGCUAUAACUUUUUUUUACAACUUUGCCAUUUUCACAAAAAGCUUUGAAAGAUGCCUUUUUUUCUCGAGAAAUUAGCUUUUCUUCCAGCGACUCUAUCUCAUAAGGGUUAGUCACGCACACGAAUCGCAUUUUUAGUUAAUCGUCCUUUGAACUCGAUAUACUUCUGGUUUCUGCCUGUCAAUCUAUUAUCUUCAUUUUUCACUUUUUUUCACUGAGUCAAAAUCAAACUGCUGAGGUCGUUCUACUUUGACUUCAUCAUCAAACUCCUGGAAUAUUACCUCAUGAUUGAAGGUUUUGUAACUAUCAAGCUUGGUCCCCACCGAAUUCAAAUGAUCAAAGAUGCGAAUGGCAAAAAGUCGAAUCUUUAAAGAAUUCGAAUCUUAUCUUGUUGGAUGGCGGCUGGAAAUUUCGCAUGCUUAUCAAUCAGCCGACCUUCACAUGAGUCUCACUAUUGAAUUUUUUGAUGUACUGAAUUCCGGGAAGAAAUGUUUCCGAUUUUUUUCAAGUUCAAGCGGAUAUUUUCAAUCGUACUCUCGAAUAUUCAUUUUCAUAUGUUAAAGUUUUCAGGCGGCUCAGAUCAGCGAUGAAGAGUUGCGAACUUUUUUGCGCGAAGCAGCCACUGUCGAAACCGAUCUUCUCACCAUCAAAAGCAAAAGGGACAUACUCAUGAGGUAGUUUAUGAUUAACAAGAGAACUCAUCAUUUUCAAAAAAUUGAACAUAGAAGCAUCACUCACAUUCUCAAAAGCAACAAGUGAAAAAAUGUAUUUUUGCAGAGAAAUGGAGGGAUUUGUUGGAUUGGAGACGGAAACUAUUAAACAACUGCACAGCGAGUUGCCUCGACACAUGCAAAACGUCGUCCGCAUUGAAGGAGGAAAAGUCAUCAUCGCCCCCGUGCCAGAACGUAAUUCUAAUACUUACUUCGUAUCAGACUUCCUUAAAAACACUUUUGUACUUCUUUUUUCAAAAGAGAGGCAAAGCUUUUCUAAAAGAGUUUUUUUUAUUUACUGAUUUUACUAGUUUUCAUGUGUUUUGCCUUGUUGUUUUAGAGUUUUCACCCUUUAAAGAUAUUGGAUUAAGACAGGCAUUAACAAUGCUUUGGAGAAAAAUGAUUAUUUCAAUUUGAGAAAGCAUAAAAAAUAUUUUUUUUUGAUGAAACAGUGCUCUUCUUAAGUAAGUGUCGAUAAACUUAACACUUUUUUUUUGCUGCUCUUGUAAAAUAGAUUCCAACAUCACUAAGUGUUUUUGCUAUUUCUAUCUUGUCAUCUACUGUAUAUAAGUCUUUCAAAAAUCAAAAAAUUUUCGUUUUUGUUUUGAUAAACCUAAAGAAUAUAGCUCUUUUUUUGCAGCAAUGCAAAUGAAAGGAGCACCUCCAGGCAUGCCAUUCAUGCUGCCGCCGGGAAUGCUACCUCCUCCACCGCCAGAGUUUUUCGUCAAUGGAAAGUGAGUGAACUCAAACCCGAAAAAUGUACCGAAAUUUGAAUUCAGACUGGUUCUUCCGAACUUCCCACCGGAUCUCAACUUUGUUCAAAACAUGGGUCCUAUGCCACCCAUGCCGAUUCCGUCAAUGCUUGGACCACCGCCAACUGUCAUGGGUCAUCCAGGUAUUCACUUUACUUCAUUCUUCGGUGGAAAAUUUACAUUGAGACAAUGUACAUAUGGUCAAGAAAAAUUGUUUUUUUUUCAGUUAUUAACAUAUUUCCGAAAUCGAAAACAAAUUUUGCAUUUUUUUUUUGUUUUCAAACCGGACGAUAAAAUGAUUUUUUUUACUCUUUCACGAUUUUCAACUGUUUGUUUGUUUAUUGCAUCUUCAAUGUAGGAAUACAUGUGCAAUCGACUUUCAUUGAGUUAACUGUGUUUAAACGGCGGCAGGAGCUGUGGCUUAGGCAGAGAAGUUGUGAUUUUUGCUCGUAGAACAUCAGGUAGAAGAGAGGUCGUAGGAAGAAGUACGGUGCCGGCUUUCCAAAGGCCGAUGGCAGAGAUUGAGCCUUUUCGCUGCAUGCAGCUCCCAAUUUUAUCUACCCCGGAGGGAUGAAAGGCUUGGUCGACCUCGGGGGGACUCGAACCUACGACCUCGCGGACGUUAGAAAUGAGUCUUAUCAGCUGAGCUAGGAAAGAUUAAAAAAUAAGAACUUCUCGUUUUCCCUUUUUUAUUUGAUUUGACCAACAAAUUUAUGAGUAAGAUUUUCAGGACCCCCACCAAUUUCAAGAUUGAUGACUGGAAAUAGACGUUCGCCAGACUUGGAUGCACGUCCCAUAACUCCGGUUGAGCCGCCGAUGCCUCACCACAUCUUCAAUUUGCCACCACCUGCUCCGAACUUUUCGCAACCGCCUCCAAUGGCUCCUCCAAUGGGCAUGACCACGGUAUUUGAUAAUUUAACUUGAGUGAAACAAAGAAAAACUCAUUCAGGCUCCUCCUCCAGUUCCUAGGAUGCCGGAUUUCUCGAAACCACCACCUAUCCCGGUAUUUCUUCAUGUAAAAGUUGAAAUCAUCAUCUCUUAAUGUUUAGCCUUCGAUGAUGGAUAUGUCUAUGUCUAAUGUCCCUGUCAAGCCUCUUUCGCAAACUCUCGACACAAAGGCGCCAGGUGAAACUAUAAAAUAUGUUUUUUAUUAGAAUCUCUAAUUGCAGAAAAGCUGAGCAUGGAAAUUUCCAAAAAUCUUACAAACAUCCUUACCAAUGCUUUGAAGGUGACAUUCAAUAUUACAAAAAGAAAAUUGAAACAAGAAAUUCAGGCAAAACCAGCACCGACAAACGUAUUCGGGAAUCAUUCCCCGGCGCAAUCGAAAAAUCCCCAGAAUUCAAAACAUCAACCUCCCAGUCUAAUGAGCCUUCACACAAAAGAACCGACUCACCUUCGCGUCGGCUCUACCAACUCAAUGCUCAAUCAGCUCAAGCGUACUCGGGGUUGGCUUUAAGUUGAUUAAGAGAAAACUCCCAAGCGCAGUGCUUAGAUAUAAGCUCUGAGACUUGCCAGCCCAAACAAUUUUCUUGCUUUUUGCUGUUAGUUCAAACUUUGAUGAUUCAAAGCUGUUACCGUAAUGGCGAUAAUUUGCGCAUUUUCAAACUUUAUCACUAGGCUGAAUGGUAAAAGACAAUAAAGGUUUUUUCGUGUCAAAUCUAACAAAUCCCUUUCGUUCAUACGGAAAAAAAUUAAUUAUUGGCUGUUAGUCGAAUCCUGAGAUAUAUUUGCCAAUUUCGAAUGGGUAUGCUUUUUCUUAUAAUAAAUGAUAACUCAGAAAAAAAAACAAUAAACGAUAUUUCAGAGACCCAACAGCCAUUCAACUCUCCAAGAAAAGGAUGA